GUAGUUAAUCACCUGACCAAACUUUCCAACCCACAACCCUACUGUAAGGAAUUCAAUUCUUUUCGCAGUCUACCAAAAUUUUGGGUGGAAAUUUCACGACUUCAAGAAAACAUUCACCAGACACCCCGAACCCUCAACUCGUCUCAACCACCAGCAACUCUUCAAGAUGUCGACUGCUAAGGUUAAGACCGGAGCGCUCUGGAACAAGAACAAGGAUGAUUUGUUGAAGACCCUGGGUGAGCUCAAGACCGAGCUGGGCCAACUUCGCAUCCAGAAGGUCGUUUCCUCCGGAAGCAAACUCAACAAGAUCCACGACCUCCGAAAGUCUAUCGCUCGUGUUCUCACCGUCGUUAACCUCAAGCAACGAUCACAGCUACGCUUGUUCUACAAGAACAAGAAGUACCUCCCUCUUGACCUCCGACCUAAGCAGACCCGUGCUAUCCGCCGACGCCUAUCUCCCCAAGAGAAGUCCAAGACCCUGGAGAAGACGCGCAAGCGAACCACGCAUUUCCCGCAGCGCAAAUACGCUGUCAAGGCUUAAAUGGGAUUGGUUUGUUUGUAGCAAAGGGGACGCGCACGUAAGCGCAGACGUUUACCCCGGUUGAGGAUGGGCGUCGUGGUCUUCCAUAAAAGAGGAAUCCUGAUAUUUGCAUGGCAUCACACGGCUUUUUCGGUUCAUAGGUGUUUAUGAGGUCACACUACGCAGUCAAUGUCGCUGCCCAAUGCAAAAAAACUUGCCUUAGGGCACUGAACACAAUUUGACUGGCUAUUUCGUUACGUGUGAUUUGCUAAACGGGGGAACAGAAGUUGUGACUAUCUACCUACGACAAGACUUGACCAGAUCGGGUUCUCAAAGUACCCGGAUGCGAGUAAAUUCCCAAAGGCUCACCAGGUAGACGAUGGAUCUCAGCAGGGAAACAGACCAAACAACGGCCACAUGGUUUGACGCAAGGAACGGCAACGCUAGACACCAUAUUUGGCCACGGUCCUCUAAAGAUUCUUUAGAGAUAUGUCUGUUACGGCAUCAGAGAUGUCAACUUAAUCAUGAAGCACUCCAGUGGUAUAUUCAUCAUGUUAAAUACCUAGAUACCUCUAGAAAAAGGAGAGAGAGAGAGAGAGAGGUGCUAUCUCUAAUACUCCAUAGGCU